GCAGAUGUAUGGAGGUGAUUUACAAGCGGUCAGAUUAGAUCUCUUAUGAUCUUGAAUGCGUAGUUGUUCAUACGGUGCAUGUAGGAGUGAAGUGUGCGUUGCCGGGGGAGAUAGGCCAUAAUUUGGUACACGAAGUGCGUUGCUGGGGAAGAUAGGCCAUAAUUUGGUGAACUGGAGGUGGGAGUCGCUUGCAUGCGGUGCACGUAGAAAGGCGGUGCUCAAUCAGGCAGAAGCCGAACAUAGUUGAAGCUGAUCAUUGAGAACGACAGUGGAGUUGUAGGGCCAGUGAAAGAGCCAUGGGGGUCAUUGACGCCUUGAAAGGGAUUCCUGAGAAGGUGAAGGCAAUUCCAGGCGCUGUGCGGGAUUACUUCCAGGCCGAUGAAGAAAAGGGAGCAAAAAUUCGGCGAUGGUUGGGGGCCACCAUUAUUGCCGUGGCCUUUGGCUACAUGGCUGUUACGUCGGAGCCUAUGGCAUCCUGUCUUGAACCAGUUACCGAUAAAGUCAAAGGGUUGUUUGGGAAGGGAAAAUCCAAGAGCCAGGCAUUCUACAAGCAGCACAAAGGAGCACAGAGGACUUAUCCGCGUUAUUGAUUGCCGCGGAGUGGAAUUGAAUGCCUACGAGGCUGAGGUUGGAAAAAAAAAAAAAAAAAAAAAAGGGUGAAGAUGCUUCUUGCAGCGGGAUAUGCUGCAGGGUGAAUUGCCGCGGAGUGGAAUUGAAUGCCUACGAGGCUGAGUUCUCAUGAACUUGCUGCAGGGUGAAUUGCAAGGAUGGGGAAGAGGUAGGCUUUUGAUGACGCGGCGUAUGCUGCUGCUGGCGAUGUAGCUGAUGUCUUCUGUUUCUGAGAUGCUUCAAGAGAGAUAUGCCAAAUCAGGGGCAAGGUCCCACUUGCACGGAUUACCAGAAUCUGGCCGUCGAUCUUUGCUAUCUACGGUCAAUAUCGCUUAAUUCUUGAAGUGGGACCUAGCCCCAGGUGUGUUUUUGAGUGGUACAGAUACUAUAGAUGACACACAGGGGAUUCGAAAUGUUCUUCCCAAUUUUUUUAGGCAUUUUAACUCUGUUACUGGCUGGUCCACUCAGGACAAGCCUGCUAGCUAGUGGAGAGGGUGAUCUUGGAUAGGCAAGACUGAGAUGCUCUGUGGGGAGUGUGAUACGCUACUAUUUGCAUUAUCUUUCAGUGAAACAGAUUAUGAUGAAGAACAGAGAUGGCACGGCGGAAGGCACUGACUUCAUCUGGUUCAUCUGAGCGGCUAGUGGGAGGUGGACACAGCCGGCAGCAGGCUAUUUCUGAUCCCUUGUCUGAGCCAGGUCGUGGCGCACAGGGGUAUAAAAGAGUAUGUGAUCGGACCAAAGUUAGCUGAUCAGCUGUUUACAGAGGUUUCAUGAAGCCGCACUUCCAUGUCAUUUGCUUUACAAUGUGACCUUGUUGGCUUGAAGAGGCGUAUGGAUCGAGCAGACUGAGUGAGCGCGCGUGAUCUUUCAGUAGAGAAGGAAAGGUCCAUGCCUGCGAACUGAUAUCUGAGAUCUGGAAAAAAAAAAAAAAAAAAAAGCUGGUCAUAUGCACUGGGUUGUUAUAGUACUUGACUCUGAUCAUGAGCUCUC